AUGACGAAAAUUGCGAGACAUGAGAAUUUACGAGCAUUGCAUAAACUGAAAAGCAGAAAAGCAGAAAAGCGGGAAAGCAGGAAAGCAGAAAAGCACAAGAAAGAGCAGAAAAGCAGAAAAGCACAAGAAAGAGCAGAAAAGCAGAAAAGCACAAGAAAGAGCAGAAAAGCAGAGAAGCAAGAAAGCAGAGAAGCAAAAAAGCAGAGAAGCAGAGAAGCAAAAAGGCAGAAAAGCAGAAAAGCAAGAAAUCAGAAAAGCAGAGAAGCAAAUAAGCAGAGAAGCAGAGAAGCAAAAAGGCAGAAAACAGAAAAGCAGAGAAGCAAAAAAGCAGAGAAGCAAAAAAGCAGAAGAGCAGAGAAGCAAAAAAGCAAAAAAGCAGAAGAGCAGAGAAGCAAAAAAGCAAAAAAGCAGAAGAGCAGAGAAACAGAGAAGCAAAAAAGCAGAAAAUCAGAGAAGCAAAAAAACAGAAAAGCAGAAGAGCAGAGAAACAGAGAAACAAAAAAGCAGAAAAUCAGAGAAGCAAAAGAGCAGAAAAAUAGAAAAGUUGAAAAAUUUUCGAGCAUAAGAGGCAGCCUGCAUGGACCUACUGUUGACGGUCUUCAUGCAAGGACUGCAGACACCUAG